CCAGCGCAACAGCUGUGAAGAAUGUGUUGUGUAUAAUGGUAUAUACAACAUACGAUAUAUCGCGUUUCUAACCUCAUUUUUUAGCAGAUGACAAAAUUUACGUUAAUAAUCAAUCCGUAUUGACGAGUGAUUAGCAAAUAAUAAAAAGCGCAACAUGUCGAAUUUAACUAUACAUACGCCAAUGGCAGAAUCUGAAAAUGCAAAUACACUGGAGUGGACACGUCCUGAUCAAGUAAUGCAAUUGCAUCGUAUGAAAUUAAAGAAACGUGCACUUCAAGCGCGUAUAAAUAAAACGACUAUUAAUACUAGCACUCAGCAAACAACUACGAAUUUAGAUGGCCUUAACUCUAGUAAUAAUUUACUGCACCGUAUAUCUUACUGCCAAAAGCGCAAGAAUCCGUUUGCGAUCAAUGAAACAUAUAAGAAACAAAAGAAUAUAACGAAAGCCGGAAUAGAAAUCAGUAACGACACUACUUUGUUCGAAUUAUUAAAUAUUGAUGUUCAACGGGAGAAGCCAACGGUGGAUUCGUCUAUGAAAGACUCCUUAACUUUCAUUAACGUCCUUUCAAAACUGGAAUCAAGUAAUCAGAUUUCAGACGCAAAUGUUCCAAAGGGUGCAAAGUAUAUUCCUAUAGAUUGGACAUUGAAAACAAAAAUGAGGUUUAUGUCUCCGAAGCCUUUUCCAUGGAACUGCAAACUCAAAACGAGCGAAGAGGCAUCAGGUACCACAGGAUUUGUGAGAUGUUUAAACAUUGGAGAAAAAGAGACAACUUUGGAUACUAGUCCAAACGCAAGAUUUCAUCAAUGUUGCUUGAUAUGGCAACAUCCUUCUUUACCAUGGUUAGAGUUAUUUCCUCGCUCUGCUGGCAAAGUGAGCGCAUCUCUCGCAAAUAAUGCAUUGAUAGUAAACAAUCAAAAUAUGAAAGAUGCAUUGUACCGAGAAUGGGGUGAUAGUUUCAGAUCUCUAUUUCAUUUAUUGCGAGCAAGGCAAUGUCCGUACUUUUAUGUGUGUGCAAACACAUUUACAGUGCUCUUUCGUGCCGCUGGCAUCUGCGGACUGUCGGAGAUUCAUGCUCUUGUUACACCCACAACACGUGGAUUCCGUCAGUCAUUAAAACAAGAAGAAAUAGAAUACUCUAUGCCUUUAAGAAAGGAUUCUAAAAGACGAUCUGACAUAACAGACUCUGACUCUAAGACUGUAGAUACUGUAUCUAAUACUGCGGAUUGUCAGCAAGAGAGUGACAAUUAUGAAAAAGAAGAAGAUGAUGAUGAUGACGAUGAAACUCAAGACGCAUGGCUCGAAAGCCUUGGAGUGGAAAAUUCAGAAAUUAAAAAAAUUAAUCACUCACAGGCGAGAAUGACUUUGGAGAAAGAAAGCGAAGUGGAUAACUUGAAGCAGUCUCUCGUGUUCGUAAGGGGUGUGGAGACGCAGGCGUUGUUUAACUUCCUACUUAAUUGUAAAUCAGCUAUCGCGGCGACCGGUACGUUAGCCGGUGUUUCUCCUACACUUCUGGCUCCGACGGCUUUCCACGGUGCUACGUUAAAACCGCUCAAGGUUCGAGAAAGCGUAGUGCGUGACAAUAACGACAGGUAUUAUUCUCUCGAAUUGAAAGGCCCCCUUUUGCCACAUGUGUUGCCUUCUCUCUGUCACUUGAUGAAAUCCAGUCAAUUGGAGCAGUAUUCGGUAAGCUGCGCGCAGUUGGCCCCAACAACUUCGUUUUCCGCAGCGAGGCACGGCCACGCAAUUGGAGAAGAUCACACGCGAGGAGAAGUACCGCCUAACAUUUUUGGGCAAGAAAAUUUGAGCGAUUGUGGAUUCAAUGAAGAAUUAUUGAGCCACUUUUGCAGUCCUGACCCGGCCAGGAUAGAAAUUUUAGAUAGCCUUAAGUUUUUUAACGGACUAUACACAUGGUCGUGAUCAUCGCGUACAAAUAUACAGAUUAGAUACAAAUGUGGCACCUCUAAGUACAGAUCUUUGUGCUCGUAAUGAUUAAUUAAAAAUAAAAACGCAGUCAAUUUUUCUUGUCCUAAACGUUAGGGCAAUGUUACAUCGCUGGCGACACGUAAUGUUCGAUAACGAAAUAUCGUUAUACUUGUGAAAAUAGGGAUCUAAUGUCAUCUAAUAUGACUAACGUUUAAUGUAUAUGACGAAUGUUUAAUAACUACAUGAUUACUUGCAUACAAAAAUCGCCAUUGUAAAAUUUAAUUUUUUAUUGAUGUGUAAUUUAAUAUGCUGUAAUUUAAAUUGCGAAAUGUAUAUAUAUCAUGUGAAAUAAGACUAUGAACAUUAUCGAUAUCAGGUAAAGACAUUUUCAUUUAAA